AUGGGGCUCGACUCCAGCGUGCUGCUGUCGACGGAGUUCAGCCAGGCUUUUGGAUCUCUGCAGGAACAGUCCGUGACCCUGCGCUACCCCAGCGAGGAGGACGCCGCGGCCGCCGCGGAGCUGCUGGACGGGCAGCCUGUGGCCACGGGGAGCGGUGAAGCGCUGUGCCUGAGCGCGACCGCGGUGUCCGAGGCGGCGCCUCCCGCCCCGAGGUCGCCAUCGCAGCCGCCCCGCAAGCAGCUGCAGCCGCCCCCGAUGCAGUCAUUUCGUGGUCCGUCCGCGGCUCCGUCCUCAUGUCCGUCCAGCGCUCCAUCUCGCGUGCCGCCCCGUGCUCGGCCUGGUGCGCUGGCGCGAACCCAG